AUGAACUACGAUUGGGAAGUCACGCCUUCAUCCGGUGCCCUGGUUGGAACGAUCUCUACCUGGGAUCCCGACACUGAGGAGAUUACGACCCCGGUCCCAAUCUAUAGUCACCGAGAGAUCUACGUUGGUCGAGAUCCUAGGAAAUGUCGAUUCGUUGUCAAUGACCCGCUCGUUUCCAACCGACACUUAUGGAUCUACACCGUCAUCUUCGAUGAGGAUAACCCGGAAGAGGUGGCUCCGCUCGUCUACGCCCAGGACCUUUCGAUGAAUGGGACUUGGUGGAACGACUACCGAAUGGGCGAUAGUGGAAGCAGCUUCCUUCUCAGUGACGGUGAUAUCCUUCGUCUCGCGGCAGACGUAUACCUCCUUUACCGGUCCUUUGAUAAUUCGCAACCCAUAUGCUUCGAUUCCUGCCAAGCUCUUGAGAUGAGGGCAUUUUCCUCCAAGUACCUUAUUACGCGGCGCAAGCUCGGCUCUGGUGCGUAUGGGCAGGUCCAUAUGGCGUACAAGAAGAGCACCGGGCAGCAGUUCGCAUGCAAAAUUGUCAAUCUCCUCACAAUCAAACACCAGAUUAUUCAAGAGGGCGGGAAGCAACGCGAGCAGUCGUCCAAGAAGACAAUGAAUGCAAGGAUGAGAGAUAGUUGUGCCGAGCUUCAGCUGCAAAGAAAGCUCGAGCAGUACCAGCGCGAGGCCAAGAUACUGGAAACGUUGCAGCAUCCGAACAUCAUUGGACUGGAGAAGGUGAUCAUGAGUGACAAUACGAUAUACAUGUUCCAGGACCUUCUGACCGCGGGUGACCUAUUCUCCUACAUACAGUACAAGGGCGGAAGACUGCCUGAUAUCGAGGCGGCGGUCAUUGUGCGCCAGAUAGUUAUCGCCCUCGAUUUCCUCCAUGCUCGGAAUAUCGUCCAUAGGGACUUGAAGCCCGACAAUAUACUCAUGACUUCUAGGGCCGACGGAUGUAGGGUGGUUCUUACUGACUUCGGAUGCGCCACGUUUGUCGAUCCAAUUACGAAUCGAAUGUCGAGUACGGUGGGGACAUUUGAAUUUAGUGCUCCUGAGGUGGUCAAGGGAAGCCAGAAAGGCUAUACAAAGGCUGCGGAUCUUUGGUCCCUGGGCUGCCUGACUGGGGUCCUUCUCACAGGAGAGCCGGUUUUCGACCAUGUUCCCCAAGAGGCAGGUUGGCGGUGGAGAGCUGUCGAUAACCUAGGAUUGAGGAUGAGCCGGCUCAGAGUGGGCGAACGAGCCCACGACUUCGUCUUUCGACUACUCGAGCAUGAUGUAUCAAAACGCAUGGAUGUCAAGCAAGCACUGCAGCAUGUCUGGUUCACAAACCCAUCCCAUAAAGCCGAUUUCGAGGCCCUCUACGAGCGAUCUAUCAGGGACUGGAAGCCGCGCGCGGCCAUGGGCGAGUCGUUGAUAGUUGAUCUUGAUUCUUACGCCAACGAAACAGACUACGAGAGUGGCCCGGAGAGUGUUUCGGACAUGGUCCUGCUUCCCUACCAUAAGAAAGCCCACAGACGUUCGCUUUGA